GCGAAUCCGGACGAUAACCUUCUAAAAAUAAUGGGAUAUUAUUAUUUCAAUAACAAAUAUAAAUUGUCAUCUCUCUUUAUCAAAUGGAAUUACCAUAUUACUGCGUAUUAUGAAAACCGUGAAAAUUUAUUUUACAAGUGAUACAAACUUCUAAAAUGGUUAAAAUUUGGAGGCUGGGUUUAAUGAGCUAUGAUACUGCUCUUAAUAUCCAAUUAGCUAUAGCACGAAAACAUCUCGAUUCAAUUAAGAAUGGCCUGGAUUUUAAUCAUGAUACCCUUUUACUUGUAGAACAUAAACCUGUUUAUACAGUAGGUAUAAGAGACAAGACACCAAACAAUGAAAUUCUCAGGCUAAAAAGUCUGGGAGCAGAUUUUAAGAAAACAAACAGAGGCGGUCUUGUAACUUUUCAUGGGCCUGGUCAAUUAGUUGCAUACCCAAUUAUAAAUUUGAAGUACUAUAAACCAAGUGUGAAGUGGUAUGUAAAUAGUUUGGAAGAAAUUGGCAUAAGAUUGUGUGGUGACUUAGGAAUUCAAGCCAGCAGAUCACCUCACACAGGAGUAUGGGUGGCAGAUAACAAAAUAGCCGCAAUAGGUGUUCACACCUCGAGAUAUGUCACAACCCAUGGUAUUGCAAUAAAUUGUGAUAUUGACCUUUCUUGGUUCAAACACAUAGACCCCUGUGGUAUAGUUGACAAAGGAGUUACAUCAUUGACCAAAGAAACAGGAGAUUUGUGCACAAUAGACAAAAUAACACCAUUGUUUUUGAGUAAAUUUCAAGAUGUGUUUGAAUGUGAGAUAGAAGACCUGGACUUGAAGUCCCAAAAAGAUAUUCUGAGUUAUGUAUAUAAUAAAUUAAUGAAGGAAUUGAUGGUACAAAAUACAGCAUAAAAUAAUUUAAUGAUUGAGUAUAUUAUUAUGACUGGCCAGCCCAGUGACGGUAAUUAAUUACCCUUACAGCUGAACUUAGAGGUUGUUCAAUUUCUCUGUUUGAAAAAUAUUAAUGUCGCGAAAAGGUUUAUUUGCUUUUAUAUUAAAGGUUAUAUAUUAUUUAUAAGUUUAAAUUAUUUAUAAGUCUGUUGGAGUGCUUAUUUCUUUAUUUAUUUAAACAUAUUAAAGUAUGUGUAACUAUCUCUGUUCCCAUAGUACAGUGUCAUAUGCCUAUUUGUUUUGUCGCUGAUUAUUUAUUUUAAUAUCCUUCCUAUUUCUGGAUAUUAAAGGCAUAAUGUGAAAUAUUUGUGAUUUUAACCAAAUAAAUCAUAAACGGUAUACUAAUCUAUACUAAUAUAUAAACAGUGGUUUUUACGGAUGUUCCGUUAUAACUACUGAACCAUGCAUCCGAUUGACUUGAAACUUGGUAAAAUUUAUGGGGUCGGUAAUUUAUGGAUCUUUGGGGUGCCAAAGCACUUUGUACGUGCUGUACAUUUGUAUUAAACGAAUGGACUCCUCCUGACUGCCCAUGAUAUCAAUAUUAUAGAUAGAGACAAACGCGUUAAUAGACAAAACGUGAAGUAGCUUCGCGCGCGAGCCAAAACAACCGUUCCCACCUAACACACAGCCCUCACUGAGGAACCUUUGAGCGCGUCAAGUUUACCGACAACUGAUGGCUCGGGGCUGAGCCGUGCUCAGCCAACAAACGCGCGCCCGAGGCAGCCCGAGGCACGUCCACACCAGCCGAGGCAUUUGGCUCGCGAGGCUGCCGCGCGAGCCUGUGCGCUAGGUGGGUAGGCGACCAUUGAUGUAGAGAAUACAUGUACUUAAUGGAUAGGCUAAUUGAUAGGCUAAUAUUUAUAUGAGUGUUGGACUCCCUACACCAGUUGCGGGGGCGUUAGAGAUGAGAAUCUUUGUGGGGGUGAGUAAUAAUAUUGUUAAUUUUAAAUGCCCAGCGAAGCGCACGGUUACAGCUAGUUGAUUUAUUAGACGUUAUCACGUUGAUAAUAAAAUAAAAGAAUCAAAUAAUUUGUACAAAAUUUAUUAUUUGUUUAAUAUUGAAAAAAUAAAUAUGUUAUUAAUCAUUUAUCUAAAUAAAUAAGAAGAAAUCUCAAGUUGGGUUGAAAGAAAUGUUGUUUUAUUUCUUUCUUAAAAAUCAUUGUACUUAGAUUGAAGCGUUCAAGCAUACAAUAAUGCAUACAAUAGAAAUUAAAAGUAGCUUUUUGAGUAACUAAGGGAAGCAAGCUCAAUGUUACUUGAUUUAAAAAAUGUAUCAAACAAAUUCUUAACUAAGUACAAUAUUGUGUAACAUUUCUACAAAACCCAACUGAAAGUCCCAAUAAAAUCUUCUAGUGCAAAAGAUUUUAAGAUCUAUUUACAAUUAAUUCAAUUUACGUAUUUAGAAACCAGACAUUUUUAUAAACUAAACAAUUGUUUGAAAUAGUCCAGGCUACUCUCAUUUAAAAAUUUAAUUCAUAUUUAAUUUUAAAAUUUGCAUAGAAUAACAUAGCUUUAAAAAGUUACACGACUUUUUAUUUAAAAAUGUAUCAGUCACAAGUAAAUAAAAAAAUCAAUUUGAAUUGUAAAUCAUUAAUUAUCAUCUAUUUACCAAUCUAUAACAUCAGAAUAAUCCCGUAAAACUUUUCCUGUUUAUUGUAAACGGUGGUUUUCGGGAUUAUUCCAAACGAAUUUUAUAUUCCUUAAAUAUAAAAAGUACUAAAAAAUUAUACAAAAAAAAACGUUCUUAAAUAAUACUUAUAAAAGAAUAAAUGCAUCAUGGAAUUUUCGCAAAUACUCAAAAUGUCCUUGAAAUAUUCAGCUCCACAUUUUGACUGCUUAAACACCUAAUAUAUUUCUAAAAAUAAACCUAUUCAAAUUUAAAUAAAAUAAAUGCAUGCAAAUUCAAUAGAUUACCUCUAAUAUAAAUGCAGACCCGGUGGUUACAUCUUGCCAAUAUUCUUAAAAACAGAACGCCGUGAUUUGACGAUACUAUGUUACUCGCGAGUGGAGCUCAGUGUGCUUAGUGCGAGUUUUGUAACGUUCUCGAUAGC